AUGGUCUCGAGAUCUUCCGGUUCCAAGGGAAGAUUCGUCGUUGGUGGUGAGUUCUUUUUAUUUAGUGUUCAAGGUGUGGAAUUAUUUAUUCGUUGUCUUUUAGCGUUUCUUUUUGCCACACUGGUGGUACUGAUUGGUCCUUCAAAAGCGGACGAAGUGCCAGCAUUUUUUCUGAAAAUCGCCAAGAACAUUCCCCGUGUUGGACGAAGCGACGGAUACGACGAUUUUUACAAAUCUCGACAAAAUAUUCCCCAAGUUUCAGGGCACGACAGUGUACAGCCUGAGUCUUGGUAUCCUAAUGAAGAGCCUUUCGCGAGACCCAUAAAGAGACGUGUGGAUUAUCCACAUCUCGAAGAUUCAUGGUCUUGGCAACAUUUUCCUCUUGCUAUAGAAGGACCUCGGGAGCUUUGGCGAACUUUGGCAGGAUACUCCAAGGACUCGUCAGACGACAUCGAUAAUGAAAUAUGGGAACGAAAGAAGAGGACGGGGAACGAGGCGAUGGCUUUACCAGAAAAUUAG